AUGGAAAAUGUGACUUUGCCAACGGAUUUGGAGUGAGUUAGGCUAACUUUUGGAUUUUCACCUGAAAAUCUAAAUUUUUUGAAUUUUUAAGCAGGAUUUUUUAUAUGAAAAAUUUCAGCCAAAACUGAGAAUUUUCAGUCAAAGUUUUUCAAUUUGUAAAAUUGUAACACUAUUUUUGAAUUCAGAAAUUUCAGCCCUAAUUUUUUUAUCUGAAAAUUGUCAGCCGGGAUUUUAAGCCUAGAUUUUUUUUAAUUUGAAACUUUGCAGCCGAAAAUUCUGAUUCUGAAAAUUUCAGCCUAAUUUUAAUUUGUAAAAUAAUAGCCAGGAUUUUCAGCAAUAAUUUUCAGUCUGGAAUUUCAGUGAAAAAAAAUCUGAAAAUUUAUAUUUUCAACAAGGAUUUUUUUCAUCUGAAAAUUUGCAGCCGAAAAUUUUAAUUCUGAAAAAAAAAGUUUUUCAGGAUUUUCAUUCCUAACUUUUGAAAUCUGAAAUUUUUCAGCCUGUAUUUGAAAUUUGAAAUUUUGCAGCCAAAAAUUCUGAUUCUGAAAAUUUUUCAGCUAAGUCUUUCAGUCUUGAAAUUUUCAGCACUAACUUUUUUGAAUCUGAAAAUUCACAAAAAAAACUUGAAAUCUGAAGAAUUUUAGCCAAUAUUUCUAGCUGAAAAUUAGAUUUUUCAACAUAAUUUGAAUCUAGUCAUUUUAGCCAAGUUUUAAGCCCUAAAAUUUCCACCCGAAAAAUUUUCAGAGACCUUGCGGUUGCGAUUUCCGAGGAAACUGAUAAAAUGAUUGUUGAGGCGAAUAAUAAGAAUGAAACUGGGUGAGUUUCAGACUAACAUGAGCAAUGUUUUUUCAAAAUUUUUAUUUUUUCCAGACAAGUCAUUCCUUCUUUGUUUGAUGAUGUUUUUGGAGAUAAAGAAACUGUGCAAAAACCAAGAAGACUUUCGGAAUUCGAUGUGAUUUCCCCGUUUCAAUUUUUCGUUGUAUUAGCACUUUUUGUCUGUUUGACUGUCAUUUAUUAUCGUAGAAAAUGA